UUAAGUGUCAAAUUAGGGUCUGUGCCUGCAGACUACCCGCUACCUUUGGUCACUGCACUAUCAUAUCUCUGCUCCGUUUGGUCAAAAAGUUACCAGCUGGUUUGGUCUCGUCGGCGGUAAGCCGGUGUUCCAAAAGCUGCCUUUUCAAAAAAUCCAAAAUGGUGCGUCGAUGGCCUGCAGGACUGACUGCAUUCGCACACAUAAGUUUGCUGCUAUGCAUCCUUUGGUUAUCCAUGUAUCCAGGCUGUGCUGCCAGGAGAAGGAAUACAGACUCUACCGACACCUUGGUAAACCUGAAUGGUUUCAUGUUGUCCACCGAUGCUCCUGAUAUUAAUGACGUUUCUCCAAUGUGUUUGUAUGAGCUUCAGAAGUUGCAGAAUGAAACAGCAGAACUAGUGCCAGUCCUGGAUUCUUUUGGCAAACCUGCAUCAGGUAUUCUGGCCGGCAACCUUGCCUGGUUGGGUCACUUUGAUCAGUGCAUGGCAGUAGAGAGCUUUCGACACUGUCUGGUGGGAAUGGGGGCCAACCUGAGCACGCUCUUAGGUGUCUCUACGGUACUUCCCAUUCAGUGGGGUGUGUGUGCCCCAGAGGUUUGCAGUGAGGAAGAUGUGAGAAAUAGUCUGGAACUUCUGCUUGUUAUGUUGGAUGUACCCUGGUUGACCAUCAAGAACCUAGUAAGUUCCGCUGUCUCCUGUACUGAAAAGCCCAACACAAACUUUGAUAUAGGCUUCAUCUUAACCUGUGUCGCUAUCAGUACGCUUGUUGCCCUGACGAUAGUGGGCUCUGUGGUAGACUACUGCCUCAAGAGUUCAUCUCAAGCCGGCAGCAGUAACCCAUCAGGGGAAGCCAAUGGGAACUUUUCAGCCAGUGGAGGUCAAGGGUCAUCACGGCAGCGACACAGCAAAGCAUCCAACCUCUACGAGAAGCUGUCUGUUGACUAUGAAGAUGAAAAUGAGAUGAACAGUGAAGAUAAGAGUAGUUCGCCUAAUAAUCCCCAGACUGAAAAGACGCCUUUAUUAUCUUCAGGAAUACCCCCAAGGUCCACCACUGUCCUCUCAGUUGAUGUAAAACAUGAGACACAACCAAAUGUCUUGGUACGAGUGCUGCUUUGUUUCGCGAUGUCUCGUAACCUGCCCAAGCUUCUGAACACCAAGCAGGCAGAGGGCAGUAUAUCUUGUUUGAAUGGAAUCCGUGUCAUCAGCAUAUCUUGGGUCAUAUUGGGUCACACGCUAAUCUUCAUCUUGCAGGCCCAAACAAGUGAGAAUAUUGUAUCAGCCAUUGGUAGAUGGUUGGAUAACUUUGCAUUCCAAGCUAUCGCCAAUGCAUUUUUAGGAGUAGAUACCUUCUUCUUUCUGAGUGGGAUGCUACUGGCUUAUCACACCUUGAAGAAAAUGAAAGAGACAGGAGGCAAGAUACCUUGGCUCUGGUACUAUAUCCAUCGAUACAUCAGGUUAACACCAACCCUUGCUCUCCUGAUCGUUGUGUUAACAUUCCUGCUACCAAACCUCAACCAGGGUCCCGUCUGGUUCAGGUUGGACCGGACCAUCGGAUUUUGCAAGAGUUAUUGGUGGUCAGAUCUUCUAUACAUCAAUAACUUUGUGCAAGAAGGUCAGAAAGAUUGUGUAUCCUGGGGAUGGUACCUAGCCAAUGACAUGCAGUUUUUCAUCAUUAGUCCACUCUUCAUAAUUCCUUUGUUCUGGUUCCCUGUACUUGGUAUGAUUGCUUUGGCUGUAGCCUGUGCAGCUAGCUUUAUUACAACCUCAGUUCUCGUCUAUCAGAAUGAUUUUCUUCCAGGUUUCUUUCUUUCCAUCGCUGGAGCUUUUGCCGGUGGCUCUGGAACUGGCUUAAGCAGCAACCUUGAUUUUCAGAAAAUGGUAUAUGUGAAACCAUACUGCCGCAUCCCGCCAUACCUUGUUGGCAUAGCGAUGGGACACUUCAUUUGUGAGAUUGAGAGUCGGAGCAGACGGAUCAAAUUGUCACCAGUAUUUGCAGCUGCAGGAUGGGCCAUCGCAGGGGGUCUCGGGAUGGCGGUAGUCUAUGGUCUAUACGAUAUUAACAGAGGGGCAUCUACACCAACCAUGGCUACCAGCAUUGCUUAUAACAGCUUCUCUACCUUUACAUGGGCUAUUGCACUCUGCUGGGUGGUGUUUGCAUGUCACUAUGGUUACGGGGGCUUCAUCAAUGACUUCUUGAGCUGGUCUUUCUGGGUCCCUUUAAGUCGGCUCACAUACUCAACAUACCUCUUUCAUCCUGUUGUCAUUUACGUCUAUAGCUUUGCUCAGGCUGUGCCUUUUCAUUGGUCUAUGAUUAACCAAGUCUACAUGUUUGCAUCAUUCCUAUUCCUGGCUCAUGUCCUGGCCUUACUGGUAACCCUAACCUUAGAGUUCCCUGUCGGCAACCUGGAGAAGAUGCUUCGAGGUGCAUUAACCCGCGAGAGGUCAGGUCAGAGGUCAAAGUGAUUCCAAACCCUGAUAUGGUAUUGAGUCAAAAGGUCUCGAAAGGCGCAUCAUUUUGUAUGGGACAGUGGGAGGAUCUCUGAGUAACUCCGGGUGAAUUGCUGUGUGCCCAACACAAGGGCAUGAAUUCAAACUUUUUAUCAAGUUUUUCAAUUUUGUUAUUUUGUUUAAUUUUGUCUUAUAAGUAAGGAUAAAGAAGUCAAGGGAAGUUGUAUUCUAUCUUUUUAUGCCUCUGCAACGAAGUAGCCGGAGGCAUUAUGUU